CUCUCAUCAAAACAUGGUCCCUUCCAAACGCCAACUUCAAACCCUAGUCCCUCUCUCGGGCCUCAUUUUUACCUUCGCAACCUGGCUCACAUUAGCCUCCACUCACACUCCCCUGCGCUUCCGGCGCACAUUAGCAAACACAGACGCCACCUUCCCUUAAUCGUUAGUUUCAUUUCAUCUAUGGCUUCCCAAUCUUCAACUCAAUCAACCACCGUUCAAACUGGCAGGAUCAGGGUUCUGAAGGAACGAUCACGGCCGUCCGAUGGCGAGGUGGGACCUGUUGUGUACUGGAUGUUCAGGGAUCAACGGUUGAAGGACAAUUGGGCGUUGAUCCACGCUGUCGAUCAGGCGAAUAAAGCAAAUGCCCCUGUAGCUGUAGCAUUCAAUCUGUUCGAUCAUUUUUUAGGGGCCAAAGCCCGGCAAUUAGGGUUUAUGUUGAGAGGACUACAACAACUACAUCAUGAUAUUGAAGAAACCCUUCACAUACCAUUCUAUUUGUUUCAGGGUGAAGCUGUAGAGACUAUACCAAAUUUUCUGAGAGAAUGUGGGGCAUCACUUUUAGUUACAGACUUCUCACCUUUACGGGAAGUACGGAGUUGGAAAGAGGAGAUCUGCAAGAAGGUGAGCAAUUUAGUGUCAAUUCAUGAAGUUGAUGCACACAAUGUCGUACCACUUUGGGUGACAUCAGAGAAAUUGGAGUAUAGUGCUCGGACUAUUAGGGGUAAGAUCAAUAAACUGCUUCCAGAGUAUAUGAUUGAUUUUCCUACACUGGGACCUCCAAUUACAAAAUGGUCUUCCAAGAGUCAGUCUAUAGACUGGGACAAUCUCAUUGCAGAUGUUUUAAGGAAAGGAGUAGAAGUUCCUGAAAUUGAAUGGUGUGAACCAGGAGAACAUGCUGCAAUGGAAACAUUAAUGGGGAGUAAAAAUGGUUUCUUGACUGGGAGGUUAAAAAACUACUCUACAGACCGGAAUAACCCAUUGAAACCCAAAAGCCUCUCAGGUCUCUCUCCAUAUUUGCAUUUUGGGCAGAUAUCAGCGCACCGGUGUGCCUUAGAGGCACGCAACUUUCGGAAAUUGUCCCCUCAGGCAGUUGACACAUUCUUGGAGGAGUUGAUUGUGCGCAGGGAACUCGCUGAUAACUUCUGCUUCUACCAACCUCAGUAUGAUUCAUUACAGGGAGCAUGGGAGUGGGCACGUAGGACCUUGAUGGACCAUGCUUCUGAUAAACGAGAGCAUAUUUACACGAGGGAACAACUGGAGAAGGCGCAAACUGCUGAUCCUCUAUGGAAUGCUUCUCAGUUGGAGAUGGUUCAUUAUGGGAAGAUGCAUGGUUUUAUGCGGAUGUAUUGGGCGAAAAAGAUUCUCGAGUGGACAAGUGGACCUGAAGAAGCCCUGGCAAUAUCAACAUAUCUAAAUGAUAAGUAUGAAAUCGAUGGGAGGGAUCCGAGUGGAUACGUUGGUUGCAUGUGGUCCAUAUGUGGCGUACAUGACCAGGGUUGGAAAGAACGACCAAUCUUUGGGAAAAUACGCUACAUGAAUUUUGCUGGUUGCAAAAGGAAAUUCGAUGUUGAUGGAUACAUUGCACAUGUCAAGAGGCUCGUUGGUGAAAUCAAGAAGAGGAAAGCAGAAACCCUGCUCAUUACUUCUUCUUUGAAACCAGUGUUUGGUGGGCUUUCUUCUCAGAACUACUGGCAAAUUGGGAGCAAGUAGCAAGCCUGCUUUUAAAUAGAGCGGGGAAGUAGGGCCGAGAAAGUUGGGUGCUGCUGCGGCUUGAGAUGGAUUCUCAAAAUCCCUGCCUUCAAAAUUCAAACUAUCAAGAUCCAUAAUUUCAAUUCCAAAGAUUUCAGGAAGAUGUUGAAGUUUUUGAGAAAAUUUAGCAGAAUGGAAGGUAAGAAGAAAAGGGCAGAGAGAAACAAGGCUAUGUGCACACUCAAGGUAUGUUUCGGUUUCCCGGGUAAAUUAGGACUAAGCCAAUCCUGAUGAUUUUUAAAAGUUGGAACUGGACUGAACCAAUCCAAUCUGUUGAAGAACGGUUUGAAUUGGUUCAAUUUUAACUUUGUUUAGCCCCAAAUCAAGCAUUACUUAACCCAAUUUUUGUGACUUGGAUAAAAUUUUCCUCUAUGCCUAUUGAAGAGUGCAUUUAUCGUUUCUGAAAUCAUCUAGUUACGUCGAAAUAAUAUAUUUUGCUAACAAGAAAUAGAAUGUAAUUUUUUGUUAAUAUAUUUUUGUAACUUAUGGUCGGUGUAUAUGUAACUUUGGUUUAACGUGAUAAAAGUUUAGUUUGAAAAGUUUAGGUUGAAACUAAAUAUAUAUGUAUAAAUAUCACUGUCCGUUUAGAAAACCUAAUCAAAAUCAGAACCGAAUUAUUGAAUUAUACAAUUGAACCAAAACUGUACAGAUUGAAUUCACGAUUUGAACUAUUCUACAUGCACCUCAAAUGGUAUCUUUUCAAAUUCUUAAGGUGGUGUUUGAAGGUAUGGAAUUGGUGGAAUAUUUGGUUUAAUUUAUGGAGUAAUUUCUUUCUAAUUCCAUUUUGGCCAAACAUCGAGUGAAAUGACGAAAAUGUUGGGUUGACCAAAAACAAUGACAGAAAGAUACAAAGUACCAAUUUGUUUUUCUUUGAUCCGAAAUUUUCAAAGAAAAUGUUCCAAAAGGUGUACCAUCAUAUCCUAGUGUCCAGAUUCCAACAUUCGCUGAGUAGGAAUUAGGAAUCCAAACUCCAACCACAAAAAAAACUAACAAAGAGAUUAAUAAAUAUUUGACCAAACAAUGACAAAAACAAGAGAAACAGCAAAGCACCAAUUUGUUUUAUACUUGGAUCCGAAAUUUCUAAAUCCGAUUGUCAAAAAAACCCACAUCAAGACCUGUUUAAUAUAAUACAAUCACGUCAUGCUAGCUAUUCAAAUCACCUCACACGACAACUGAAACUUUAUCAACUUUUUCUUUUAAAACAUAUUAAACAUGGUUGCGAUUGCGCGUGCUCGGUUAUUAAAUUAUGUAAAUUUCAAAACAAAAUUAUAAAACGAAAAAUAAAUUGGAUUCUAACACUCGAACAGAUCUAUCGACGGACAAUGAUAUCUAUUUAAGUAUAUGUAAAAACAAUUGUGAUUGUUUAAGCUCUCGCACACUUGUUAAUCAAAUGAAUUUAUAUUCGUUAAAUAUUGUGGAUAAACUCAAACACGGUUAUAUUUACUAAAUCAAAGGAUAAAAACCCUUAAACCUAACAAAAAUAAGUUACAUAUUACUAAUAGCAACAUAAACACAACACUGUUUUACUUUUAUCAGACAAAUAUUUCCAAAUAUAACAUCCAAACAUCACCAUCAACCAUAUAAUCAUAUAAUAAGGAAAAAAAAGAAAAAAAAAAAAGAAAAGGGUCCCACUAC